CGCCGCGGCGCCAGACUACAUUUUGAAAGAAGAUGAAGAACAGAAAGCAAUGUAUUCAAGAUACUGAGGGUCAGAAGCAUGAAGGCAUGGAAGGUGAAGAAAAUGAAGAAAGCUAUUCCUGUUCUACUUUAUUAUAUGAUGGUGACACAUGCCCCAUCUGUCUGAACUGCCUUCUAGAGCAAGAGAUUGGUUUUCCUGAAACCUGCAGUCAUACCUUCUGCAUGGCUUGUAUUCUUAAAUGGGCUGAGACACAGGCUUCAUGUCCUGUUGAUCGCAGACCGUUUCAGGCAGUAUGCAGGCUCGAUGCAUUAGAAGAGCAGAUAAAGGUUCAGGUUAAAAAGCAACUAAGGAGAAAGGAAGAAGACAAACACUGUGCCUGCAAUAAGGGAAAAUAUAGCCAUGCUAAGAGAAGAAACUUUGUGAGAAGAGCUGUAUGUCCAGACAGAGGGCACUUAGCAGCAAGAUUAAGCAAAGUUGUGAAGAAAAAAUACAGUAAUAUUUUGUAUGACAAACGAAACAAGAAAGCUUUGUCAGUGAAGAUAAACAAGCCCAGAAGACAGACCUGCUGGAAUGACUGCUUCAGAACUAAUUUCUUGAGCACACUUCCAGCUGGUGGUAGCAAUGAAGAGUCCUCUUUUAGCUGUAGAAAUGACUGUACAGAAUUGACAGAAGUUGAUGCAGCAAUCAGGCAGAAGAGACAAGCACUGGAAUUGUCCUGUUCAUCUGCGAUUGCUAGAGUUGAAAGAAUUCCUUUAAUGUCUUACGGAGCUGAAGCCGAGACCUUUCUUCUCACUUCUACUACAGUGGCAGGGACAAUUCUUCCAACGAAUGUCAGGCCUUUGGAAAACUUUGAAUCCUUAGGUAAAGGAUAUGCUGUUGCAUGUACCCAAGAAGGAGAAGAGAAAAAGCAAGCUUCUGGUUCAUCUGGUGCUAGAGGAACUAGAAGGAAAUCGGUUACUACUACUCCUAGAAGAAGGUCUGCACGAAACAGCAAAAAUGAGACUCUGGGUCCAUCUCGGAGCUCUCCUCGGUCAAGCAGUUCUGCGUGCAGUGCCCCUGAUGGCACCAACCCAUCUCUGAAUAAAUCUCCUUCAGAACCAGAGAAGGCUCCUCCAAAACGGAAGUCUAAACGAACAGUUAAACAACAAACACCAGUGGCUAAAAAGAAACUGAGGAGUUCUGCACGUUCUGAAAAGUCACCCAGUGCUUCAGUGGAAGAUGAUGAUGUUGCUGAGCCUGAAGCAGUUGUGACAUUAGAUAAAGACCAACAGUCAGAUAAUGAAAAUACAAGCCUUCCACAGAAGGAUAACACAGAAACAGAACCUGCUAAUGGAUUGGAAAGCUGUAGUGAACAUGCAGAAACUGAGGAAACUACAGGAGAAUAUGACAAAGAUGAGAAUACUUCAGACAGUGUGGAUGCAAGUAGUUCUAAUGUGCAAGAACCUCCUCCAGUGCUAACUUCAGGAGGUGAAAAUCGGGAAAUCAAAGUAGAAGGUGCUACUGAAAAAAAUGCGGAUCUUAAGGAUCAGGAGAUCUGUGAAGAUACUCUUGAACAAAUGGAAACAGUAGCUAGUCCCAAAGAUGAAGUGUGUGAUCAUGCAACUGUUGAAGAAGUAGAUCAGACAUUGUCUACUCCUCAGAACGAAUUAAUGGAGAAUAUAGAAACCUUGGCAGAAGUAGAUCAACCCAUAGCUAGUCCAGAAAAUGAAUUGUUGGAAUUUCCAGAACCUUCAGGAAAAGAUCAGCCAUUAGAGAGCCCCAGAAGCAAAUUGCCUGAAUGCCCGGAAGCCAUAGAAAUAGAUGAUUCCAAGGCUGAAGAAAAAACAGUAGUAGACUGUACAAGUACAGAUACUGAAAACUUAGAAACUGUUCAAGAUGAAGAACCAGAUAUAUUAACACACAAUGUUUCUGUGGACAGUACAUCAGAACAGUGCUUAAAAGAGAGCACUGUGAAAGAAAGUGAAGAAGGUAGAACUUCAGAGACACCACAGGUAAAUGUUGAACAUAAACAUUUUGGUGAAGAUAACAAUGAAAUGAUACCGAUGGAUUGUGAUUCAUUUUGCAGUGACCAGAAUGAAGCUCAGGUUGAACAGUUACCACCAGUUGAAAGUACAGAGCAAGACAAAGUAAACUCCUUACAGUGUGAUGUGGAAAACUGUACAUCAGUUUCAGGACUUUCUGGUGAAAAAGAUGAAACUGUUCCUCAAGAGAGAGAGUGCCAGUCUGAACUCAAGAAAGAUAAAAAGGCUCGAACCAGAAGAUCUAGGUUUCACUCUCCAUCAACAACUUGGUCUCCUUCUAUGAGGGAGGGCAGGAAAUCUCAGUCACCAUCCCCUAAAAGGGAGAUGACCAGAGACAGGAGCUCACGAUCACCCAAGAAGGAAGCUGGGAGGGAGGGAAGGAGAUCCUUAUCUCAUUCUCCAAAGAGAGAGACACUCAAAGAUGAGAAAAAAACACCAUCUCGAUCUCCCAAAAGGGAAACUGUCAGGGAAAGCAGGAGAUCAUCUUCUCGGUCAAGAGCUAAGGAUUUGUCUCCAAGGCAAAAAUCUAGAUCUCGAAGCAGUGAUAGAGACAGUCAGAGAAGAGAUCGUGACAGAGACAGAAGAAAUAGGAGGUGGUCUAGGUCACGGUCACGAUCUCGGUCGAGGUCCAGAUCUAGGACGAGAAAUAAAGGCUCUUCAUUCUCUAGAAAUGAGAGGGACAGUCAUUCACCUCGAUGGAAGGACAGAUGGACAAAUGACAGCUGGAGGAGUCCCAGGGGAAAUGAUCGAUACAGAAGAAGUGAUCAAGAGAAACAGAAUGAAAGUCUUAAAAAAGAGAAGGACAGUACAGAAAAAAACAGUGAUGAUCAGUGUUCUUCAGACAAUAGGAGGAAUGAUUGUCCAGACUGGGUAAUGGAAAGGAUAAACUCUGUUCCUGAAGUCAGGAACAGAGAGAGAGAGAAACCACAUUGGGAAGAUAGCAGGCAUGACAAUUCAGGACACUCUUGGAAUAAAAACUAUGGUUCAGGUUGGAUUCAAACUCGAGGGAGGGGUCACCGUGGCCGCGGUGGGCGUGGAAGAGGUGGUUUCAUGUAUGGAGACCAGAGUGAAAAUCACUGGCAAAAUAGAAAACCUGUCUCAGGGAACUCAAAUGGUUCUGGGAAUGAAACCUCAAGGUUCUCAGAACACCAGCCCUACAAGCGCAAGAAUGAACAAGAUUACUCUUUCGAUACACCUGCUGACAGAUCUGGGUGGACAUCUGCAUCCAGCUGGGCUGUAAGAAAGACUUUACCUGCUGAUGUGCAGAAUUACUAUUCAAGAAGGGGACGCAACUCAUCAAGCCCACAGUCUGGAUGGGGCAUGAGACAAGAAGAGGAGGUGCCUGAACAAGAUCCAAACCUCAAAGACCAAGGCAACCAGCAGAGUGAUGGUUCUCAGUUACCAAUGAAUAUGAUGCAGCAACAAAUGAAUGUAAUGCCACAAGUGAAUGCACAGCACCAGCCUAUGAAUAUCUUCCCGUAUCCAGUGGGUGUCCAUCCUCCUCCCAUGAUGAAUAUGCAAGGAAACCCUUUCAGCAUCCCCCCUCCAAUGCCCAUGCAUCAUCUCCCUACCGGAGUGCCUCUCAUUCAGGUAGCUGCACCCACAAAUUUGUCUCAGGGAUUACCUCCGCCUCCACCUCCACCCCCACCAUCUCAACAAGUCAACUACAUUGCUUCACAGCAAGAUGGAAAACAGUUGCAGGGUAUUCCAAACGCUGCUCAUGUAAGUAAUAACAUGAGUGCUCCAGCCUUGCCUGCUCCAACAGCAGUCCUGGGAAACACGGGAACAGUUCAGGGACCAAGCUCGGGUAAUGCCACAUCGUCAAGUCACAUCAAGAGCGUUAAUGCAGCUGUAAAAGUGGGAGAGAACAAAGCAAGUGUGACAGUGGAAGCCAGUGCAGAUAGCUCGAAGAAGGACCAGAAAUUGUUAAUUCAAGAGAAAGCAGCACAAGAGGUCAAACUGGCUAUUAAACCCUUCUACCAAAAUAAAGACAUCACUAAGGAGGAAUAUAAAGAAAUAGUGCGAAAAGCUGUAGAUAAAGUUUGCCAUAGCAAGAGCGGAGAAGUUAAUUCUGCCAAAGUGGCAAAUCUGGUGAAAGCCUAUGUAGACAAAUACAAACAUUCACGGAAGAAGAACCCCGAAGAGGCCGUCUCCUGUGAGAGGAAAUAGAAUGUGCUUUCAGUUGUUAAUUUUCUUCUAUCUGCAAAGUGCAAUUGCAACAUGAACCGUUAACUGAAACUUGUACAUGACACUGAUUUGAACCUGGGUUUGAUAAAAUUAUUUUUCAAUGUAGUAUAUAAUGUUUUGUUCUAAAGAAAUAGAGACCUGCAGGGCAACUUCUUUAUUCCUUUUUAAAAGCAGAUGUCUAAAAAAGAAAUGAAAUGUGUAAAGAAGAAUCAUUAGGGAUGUACGAUUGUGUGGAUACUUAGAUGUACAGCAUUUUGACUUGAAUAACAGAGUGCAUUAAACUAGAAACUUCGGAGUACGUUGCUUUUGGAACAGGUAUGUACAGUCCAUGGAAUGGGUCAGAUUUAAAAUGAUUUUUUUCUUUUUGAUUUAUCCCUAAUUAUAGCAAAUAUAAAGUAAUGUAUUGCCUUGACAGAGAUUUCUAGCGUUAACUGGACAGGCUGAAUGCAGGGGUCACAAUGUGUAUAUAAAAAAGCACAUGGAGUUGGCUGAACAGAAGAACUGUUUAGAUUUUAAAGAGAAAAAUGAUGAAGGGCAGUGCCCAGAGCCAUGGCGCUGCGCAUCUGUUGUAACACCAAAUAAAAAUGAUGCUGCUUGGU